GGUGCCGGCUCGGGGAAAGUUGCGGCGAACCCCGGUCGGCGGAGGCAGAACCGGCAGCAGCGGGAGGACCGGGGCACGGCGGUACCGGGGCACGGCAGUACCGGCGGUACCAGGGUACGGCGGCACCGGCUGCACCGGAGCACGGCAGUACCGGCAGCACCGGCGCUUCCCGGCCGAGCAUCCCCGGGGGCCAUGGAGCCGCCGCGGAGCCUCCCGGGGCUGGAGCGUGAGGCGCUGGACCCGGCCGGCGGCUGCCCGUCCCCGCUGGAGAUCAAGUCCGCCCCCAGCAAGAAGAUCUGGGUCAAGCUCCGAGCGCUGCUGCGUUACAUGGUGAAGCAGCUGGAGACGGGCGAGGUGAACGUGGAGGAGCUGAAGAGGAACCUGGAAUACGCCGCCUCGCUGCUGGAGGCCGUCUACAUCGACGAGACGAGGCAGAUGCUGGACACGGAGGACGAGUUGCGGGAGAUGGGCUCGGACGCGGCCGUGCCGUCGGAGGUGCGGGACUGGCUGGCGGCCACCUUCACCCAGCAGGCACGGGCCAAGGGGCGGCGGGCGGAGGAGAAGCCCAAGUUUCGCAGCAUUGUUCACGCCGUCCAGGCCGGUAUCUUCGUGGAGAGGAUGUUUCGCCGGACGUACACGGCCGUGGGGCCCAGCUACUCCACCUCCGUCCUGAACUGCCUGAAGAGCCUCGACCUGUGGUGCUUCGACGUCUUCGCGCUGAACCGGGUGACGGACGAUCACUCCCUGAGGACCAUCGUCUUCGAGCUCUUCACCCGACACAACCUCAACAGCCGCUUCAAGAUCCCCGCUGUCUUCCUGACGACGCUGCUGGACGCGUUGGAGACCGGCUACGGGAAGUACCGGAACCCCUACCACAACCAGGUCCACGCCGCCGACGUCACCCAGACCGUCCAUUGCUUCUUGCUCCGCACUGGCAUGUUGCACUACCUGACGGAGAUCGAGGUCCUGGCCAUCAUCUUCGCUGCCGCCAUCCACGACUACGAGCACACGGGCACCACCAACAGCUUCCACAUCCAGACCAAGUCGGACUGCGCCAUCCUCUACAACGACCGCUCGGUGCUGGAGAACCACCACAUCAGCGCCGUCUUCCGCAUGAUGCAGGACGACGAGAUGAACAUCUUCGUCAACCUCACCAAGGACGAGUUUGCGGAGCUGCGGGCGCUGGUCAUCGAGAUGGUCCUGGCCACCGACAUGUCCUGCCACUUCCAGCAAGUGAAGUCCAUGAAGACGUCCCUGCAGCAGCUGGAGCGGAUCGAUAAAUCCAAGGUGCUGUCGCUGCUGCUGCACGCGGCCGACAUCAGCCACCCCACCAAGCAGUGGUCGGUGCACAGCCGCUGGACCAAAGCCCUCAUGGAGGAGUUCUUCAGGCAGGGGGACAAGGAGGCCGAGCUGGGGCUGCCCUUCUCGCCCCUCUGCGACCGCACCUCCACGCUGGUGGCCCAGUCCCAGAUCGGCUUCAUCGACUUCAUCGUGGAGCCCACCUUCUCGGUGCUGACCGACGUGGCCGAGAAGAUGGUGCUGCCCCACACGGAGGACGGCACCAAGGCCAAGGGCAACCCGGCGGCCAGCCAGCAGGCCAGCUCGCAGUGGCGACAGCCGUCCCUGGAUGAGCACCUGGAGCUGGGGGACAUCAAAGCCGACCUCGCCGGCUUCCGCUCCACCUGGGCCAAGUACAUCCAGGAGAACAAGCAGAAGUGGAAGGAGCGGGCGGCCAGCGGCAUCACCAACCAGGCGUCCAUCGAGGAGCUGUCGCCCUGCGAGGAGCAGCCGCCCGCGGCCUCCAGCCGGCACAGGCAGAACGGGGACGUGGAAUAGCACCGGGAGGAGCGAGGUCCUCGCCCAGCCGAGUGACGCCGUCUCGCCCAAAGUCUUCGACGCCAUCGAGUUCAGCACCAUUUGCAGGGAAGGAGCCGCCCGGGACCGCACAAGGAUUCGUGCCGACACCAAAAGCAGCCCCCGGGGCUGGCACCCCCGGCAGCCCCCCAGCCCGGCCAGCUCCGGGUGCCUGUGCCAAACCGGCCGCCGAGCCGCGUGGCCUCGGGUCACGGGUGACGGUGACGCCAACCCUCUCACUGCCACGCCAGCGGCUGCCCGGCUCCCCCCUCCACCCGCCCCCGCCGGGUUUUGUCCUUAUGGCUUUUUAAAAAAAGCUUCUUCCCGCCCCGCCAGAGCGCCGGGUGCUCGAGGGAGGCUGGGGACGAUGGUGCUGGGGACAGCGGGGGACCGAGGGAUGGGGUACGCUGUCACCCCAAGGGCCACCACGAUCCCCUCUGUUCCAGCUGGGUCUGUCUGGCCACACCACGCUGGGUGACCCCGAAUGUCCCCCGGCGCCGUCCCCAUCCCGCCCGGCACAUCCCUGUCCCGGGAUACACGUCUCUGCGUCACCCCGGGCCGGGGACACGUCCCCGUGCGGCUUGUCCCUGGCUCCGCUGGCCCCAAGGGCACCUCAGGGCUUCCCCUCGGGGUCCUGCCCCACACGGCGUGGACGAGGCUGGGAGACACGGGUGGGUGGGUGGGGGGGCAGCGAGGUGGCGAUGGGGCAGCGCGUGCGGGGCUGGGGUGGUGGGAGGGCAGGAUCAGGCCCUCCAACGCGUUCCACCAGCCCUCGGUGCCGACAUCCCCCAGCUCCGGGGUGCUCCCAGCAUCGCUGGCUCCGGCGGGCCUCCAGCAUCCUGCAGCUCCAGCGUGCACACACACACACACACACACACACACACACACACCCCCCCCCGCUGCUUCCUCUGGCCUGCUGUGCCUCCGGCAUCCCGGCUCCGGCGUGCCUGGAGCAUCCUGCGGCAUCCCGGCGUGCCUGGAGCAUCCCCUGGCAUCCCGGUUCCGGCGUGCCUGGAGCAUCCUGCGGCAUCCCGGCGUGCCUCGAGCAUCCCCUGGCAUCCCAACAUGCCUCCAGCAUCUUCCCGCUCCGGCAUCCUCCUGCUCCGGCAUCCUCCCGCUCCGGCAUCCCGGCUCAGGCCGCCCCGUCCCGCCGUGUCCGUGGGCCAGCCGCCGCGGUGACGCGGCCCGUCUGUGUUUGUACUUUUCUACCCUGCGGUAACGCGUCGUGUCCCCACCCGGUCACUGCUGGCAGAGCUCCACUUCGCGCCCACCCACCCACCCCACGCAUGUGAAACAAAGCGCCGCCGCUAACGAGCAAUUAAUAAAACCGUACGCCACCACCGCCA